UGGCUGAAAUGAGCUUAACUUUACGGGCCAUAAUUGAUAGUUAAAACCCGAGACCUCGGUGCUCACGCCUAUUCUAUUUAUCUUCGCGGUACAUAUUCGUUUUACGUAGCCUUCUUCUCCAAUUUAUUCAAAGGGACUAUAGGACUACUGUUUCAAAUUUGAUCUACAAAAUGUCUGCUGUUGUGUUAUCGGCGUUAAAAAUGACAUUGGGUAUAUUUCUGAAUAAAGCUCGAAGAUCGUUGGGCGAGAAUUUAAAAGAUGGCGAUUUGAACUCGCUACAACUUCGUAGUUUAAUUACGACCAAAAUGGAAAGCAUUGAAACAAAAAUUGAUGGCAUAGCUCUUAGCCCAUUGCGAACCAGCGCCAGCUUUAUUCGAGACGGGAUGUUUUUGUUGAAUGAUUUGCUUGAGAAUCUAGACCGUCAAGACGAGCUAGGCGUAAUGUCUUCGGAACCAGAGCGAUUCGAGAGGUUGGCUGUUGGGGCGUCCGUGUUCGAUGAUGCUUUUAACUACGUUGUACGCUUUAAGAGUUGGCUGAAAAGGUAAGAAGAUCAACAAUGAUUGGCCCGCUUUAGAAGUCGUGCCGAGCUUCGUGUUUCACAUGUGAAUAUAUAUAUAUAUAUAUAGUGUCUUUAAUAACAUUUAAACAGGAAGUCUAACUCGCCGAGGCGAUACUCAAUAGGGCCCUGAGAAUAUUUUAAAUAAUUUGUAUAUAUUAUAUAUUACAUACUCAGUAAAGUUUAGCACCAAUAAGGCCCAGUUUAGACGGCGAACUUCAGAACGGCGUCUAAAUCAAUUAAUUAAGUUCUGCAUGUCGAUAAAUUAGAUAAAAACACGAGGAGCCAAUAAAUUAGAUAAAAACAUCAUUUGCAAUUGUCGUUUCCGCGUUUGACGUCAUGAUAUGAAAAGUCUAUUGUGCUUGUGGAAGUUUAAGAAUUUGGCAGGGCUCACCCAUGCAGGCUCUUCCCUUUUAUGGAGGUCAAAGAGGGAAGAGCCAUGCGAACAUGAUUACCUGCGAUUCUGGUGCAACGCUCUGGAUAUAACUACUUCAUCUUGCAAGGAUAUUUUGGAUCGGUGCACCACUAGUCAAACUAAGUCUUAUAAACUUGGUGUUUGCAAAAAGCCAAAACAAUUAUAUUUACUUUCAUCAGGAAUUCAAACGUACCAAGAACUUAUUUAUUUUUACCAUUUUUUUAUUUUUUCACUGUAAAAGUUUUCGGAUAUGAUGUCAUUGGAUGAGUAUUUGGAGCAAAAGCCAAGGAAAACUAUUUUGCAAUCCGGAAACUUUGACAGUGAAAAAGUCGAUCAAUAUGAGGGUUUUUUCCUACAACAGUAUAUUACAUUUGGAAUAACCCAAAUAUUGACACUGAUAGAAAAAUAUAUUUUACUGUUUAUGGUUGGACUUUCCAUACAUCUACAAAAUAUUUGCAUUGCAGAUCUGACAACGAGGAAGCUGAUACGACCUGGGCGUAUCCAGAUGAUCUAGAUUUAGAUGGGGACUCGGCCCGGAAGCUCAUUGACGCAGUCUCCAAAUUAAAAAGGAGCUCGCCCAAACAAUUCGAUCGCGCUAUGACGCGCUUCAACGAUGCCUACACUAAAGCAACGGAGGUGUUCAAUAAUCAAUCAUUGAGCCUACAAGAUCGAAUUAUGGCUGCAAAACUUCGAAUUCAAAGCGCAUUGCUGUUGAGUAUAGAAAAACCAGAUCUCGCAAAUAUUUGUAAAUCAUAUCUGAAAGAUUUGCACGAUUUGCCUCCAAUUGUGGAAAUAUUUCGCUAUGACCUGGAAGGAGGGAUGUUAUCGAAAUUUAAUCAAGCCGAACGACAUGAAUUAUUCCAAUCUGUAUCCAUGAUCAAUUUUACUUUGUUCCGUUUCUUAAACUGCUUUACCAAAGAGCUAGUGAAUGUAUAUGAUUGGCCAAUGAUUGAAAGCGACGCCUGGAUGUACAACCCAUUGAUUCCAGACGAAACGGUUUUAAAAGAACUACAGCAGGCUGAAAUUGAAGUGCCAAAUUUAGUGUUAUUUAAACCCCUGGAGCAUCAGCUCAUGGGUAUUGAUCCCAAGCUAGUAGCCGUUAAUAGUGACGGGGAUUUAAUCUUGUUUCGACAACGGGCAAAUCCAGACGUGUGCGAGUUACUGAAAGUUUCCGGAAACGAGGUUAAAGUGUUCUAUACUUUCCGGGAAUUCACUUUGGUUUCGUUUCUGGCUGUAAACGAUUCGGAUUUUCUCUUCGUUUUUGCUGAUAAUGUGAAGGGUGGUCUAAUUCCUACCGGCUAUUUGAUGUAUGACGUGUCGGUUUUUUAUCCACAAGGAGAUAUUAGCGGAAUUUAUAAGAACUUUUUAUUGCUCGAUGGUUCUGUUGUCCUGGCCCCGACACCACCUCGAAAGUACUGUGAAGUUGCCUUGUGUAUGCCUGACGAAGUCCUGAAGAAAGAAAUGAAAAUCCAGGGGGAGAUGGAAAUCCAGAAUGAAGAGAAAAUCCAUGUGGAGGUGCCCAUUCGAAGUGAAGAGAAAAUCCAGGAGGAGGUGAACAUCCGAGGUGAAGAGGAAAUCCAGGGGGAGGUGAAAAUCCAAGAAAAAAUACCGAGGGAGUUAAACAUGCUUGACAGUAUUUUAGUUGAAAUUAAAAUGUGGAAAAGCACAUUAGCUACCAUAACCGACAAGCUUCAAGUCGUUGCAAUAGAGCAAUAUGGUUACCACGUCCGUGUUUUUGAAAAAGAUGGCCGAUUUGUUCGAGAAUUUGAAUUACACGGUGGCGAAACAGAAGCUUGCGUCGCAAUCACAUUCAACGGACUCACGAAAGAGUUAGUUGUCGUUUCUCGUGUCGAAAGCGUUUACUUCUUGUCAACGUAUCUGCCGGAGACAGGCAAACGACGCCAUAAUGUUAGGUUGGCACAUAUUGGUGAAGAUAGCCAAGAAAUUCAUCUCACAUCACAUUGUCGUGGCUCAAUCGCCUUAGUCACAAAGGAACAUGUACUGUAUCUUCAGUAAUUAAUUAUUAUCGUAGCUCGAUGACUUUGCUCGCUUACACAUGGAAACAUGUGCUGUUUUUUCGUAACUACACGUUAGGGUGCUCAGUGGCGUUGGUCACCAAGGAACAUGUAGUGUAUCUUCAGUAAUUAAUUAUUAUCGUAGCUCGAUGACUUUGCUCACUUAGUCUUAGAAACAUGUGCUAUUUCUUCAAUAUACUGAUUCUUUAUAAGUCAUUUUUCUAAGGAUGUUUGAUUGUUUCUCGAUAAAUAGCUUCUGUGGAAAUUAAUACCCAUUGGUUAUACAGAGUUAUGUUUAGGGUUAAAUUGUUGUCAAAUAAAGUUGUUUAAUUGUUAGAAAAUUAGUUGCGAGUUUGAAAACAACGAAAGUUCAUCAAUUAUGAGUUACCGG